UCGCGUCAAGUGCUUUUUUGAAAACGACGUUUAGGGAAAAGCGACAAGGGGCAAGACUCAAGGUUAUUUUAUACAAAGAAAAACGACAAGGAGCAAGACCCACAGCUGUUUUUAAACAGGGAAAAAGCAACAAGGAGCAAGACUCACGGUUUUUUUAAACAAAGAAAAACGAUGAAGAGAAAGACCCACAGCUGUUUUUAAACAGGGAAAAAGCAACAAGGAGCAAGACUCACGGUUUUUUAAACAGAAAAGCGACGAGGAGCAAGACCCACAGCUGUUUUUAAACAGGGGAAAAAGUGACAAAGAGCAAGACCCACGGCUGUUUGUAAACGGCCCGCAGCUAUUUUUAAACAGGAAAAAGCAACAAGGAGCAACACCAACGGCUGUUUUUAACAGGGAAAACCCAUUGCUGUUUAUAAACAGGAAAAACCGACAAGGGACAGAACGCACUGUCGUUUUAAACAAGAAUUUGACGCAGAAGGCGGGGCACUCAUCACAGGCAAGAUUUGUCCUCAAGGCGGGAACAACCCAUCUCUCAACUUCAAAAUGAUGGACAAAGUGGACGACGAAAACUCACCCCCGGGUCUGGGCGGGUGUGUCGGAGGGUGCGUGGGAGGCUGCGUGGGCGGAUGCAGCGGCGGGGACAGCAGUGACCUGGACUUGGGUGACCUGUCGGAUGACACCCGUGAUUCCACUACUGACGACGACCACGGGGAGGAGUUUUCCAGCGGAGUUCCCUUCCCUUCCAGCCAGCAGUCUUCUUCCAGGAGUUUUCUCUCGUGGCGUCGGUCCCAAGGUUCCGUAUGUGACGGCAGCGAGACCGAGAAUGGAAGAUCGGUUGACAUCGGCGCCAGUGACAGUGGUUCGGUGGAGGAGCGAUGCUCGACAGUGCCACCGCGAACCAUCCGCAAGGUCUUCACGAACACCCGAGAGCGGUGGCGCCAACAGAACGUGAGCGGCGCCUUUGCCGAACUCCGACGUCUCGUUCCUACACAUCCUCCCGAUAAGAAACUGUCCAAGAAUGAAAUCCUACGAUUGACGAUCAAAUACAUCAAGCUCCUCAAUUCGGUGCUGGAAUGGCAGCGACGCCAGGACGAAAACCUCUGUCCUCAUCAGCCACACCACAGGGAACUUUGCAACAACAAUAACGACAACACAAACAACAACAAUACCAACAAUGCACAGCGCAGCAGAGAGACGAGACACGACAGGAACAACCGAACAGCAAGCCCCCCUUUGUCACCCCACGAAUCCUGCAUCACGCUCGAAACCUCACGGCGUUACCGCCACCUCUCUUUGCCUCUCUCUCCUUCCUCCCCGAGCUCUCCCCCGAUGUCGAGGUCGUCCUCGACGUCCCCUUCCCCACUCUCGUAUUCAACAGCUUCAUCACUCACAAGAUCGGCUCCCAUUUCAGUUACCAUCUUCUCCCAAAGACCUGUCACAUCCACGGCCACAUCAUCGUCGUCCCCUUCUUCACCCCCACUCCCUUCUGUGACAUCAUCAUCUACAUCAUCAUCCUCUAUUUCAUCGACAUCAGGGCUCUCCUCCCCACCUUUAGAAAGCCCUACGAUUAACAAUCCACGGUACCAUCCUUACGUGCUGGCAGUAAGGGUUCGGUCAGGACUUACUCUCAUUCAUCCUAAUAAGUAAAUUUCUUUAUUAUCAGUAACAUUUGUUACUGUGUCAUAACUACAGCAUAGAUGAAACAUCUAAGUACCAUGAAAAUGGUUCAGACCACCCUAUUGAUUAUUUUAAAAGUUGGUCAUGAUGAGUGCUCACAAAUCUGGAUCAUAGUUUAAAUCAAGGAUUCUAAAGAUUAAAAUUGGAUCAUCACAAAGAAUACUUAAGACAAUAAACUGGGCAAUGCAGUUUGUAUAAGAUUAGCAUUGUGGUAAAAGCAUUUUAUGUAAUACAAAGUGUUCUAACUUACCAAAUAAAUAAAUAUCUCUAAUAAUAAUCACAAUGGAUGAUGAAUGACAACAUAUCCACGGUAUUUUUUUGCAUUUUCUAAAUCAUGAACUAUAGAUUCCACUAAGCUUAACACAAUCCUCUUCCCUUGCAAUGCACUACUUAGACUAAACUUUACUAAAGCAAGAAGAAAAAUUCUGGCAACAAUCAACCUUUCCUUUGUGUUAGCAUGCAAGAGGAACCACAUAGGUAGUCUAUGCAAGGUAGUGUCGUAUUCUUCUUAUACAUUCUUGCCAUUCUUUUCCUUGCAGCUGACAGUUACACCGAAGACGAAAAAUAAUGUAUGAACAUAUCACACAGUAUUUAAAAAUGGUGUAACAGUGAUAUUCAUAAAACAUCCAUAAAUUUUUCUGUAUUCUUAUUUCUGACUAAAACAAAAAUAUGUAUGUACUUAGUAAACAAAAAAUGAGAUGUCUGUAAUGGCAACGAAUUUUGAAGACGUGUGCUAAAAAGCUACUAAGUAUCUUAAUGUAUAAUUUUGUGUAAUAAAA